AUGGAUCCUUCAUAUGGCCACUCUCGCACACGAACGACCUCCUCCUCCGUCUUUCCCUCGCAGCACCCGCAACACCAACAAUACCACCACCAGCAAUACCAACAUCACCAGCACUCGCCGCCGCCGCCGCCGCAGCCGCAGCAGCAGCAACAGUACAGCCCGCAUCACCACCAAGAACAACAUCCUCACCAACAUCAACAGCAGCUGCACCAAAACCACGGCCACCAGCACCAAAACCACCCCAUGCAUCCGGCCCAACAGCACCACCACCAGCAGCCGUCGCCGCAAUCGGCCUCCAACCCCCAGCUAUGGCGCCGGUCGCCGUCCAUCGGGGCCUUUAGCAACGCCUCGAGCUUCCAGCAACAACCCCCGGCCGCCUACCGCACCUCGACCAGCGACCUCCGCCGUUCGACCUCGAGCCGCUCCGUCACCACACAGGGCGGCGGCAGCAGCUACGUCGCCCUCCUCCGCAAGCAAAAAGCAACGGUCUGGUGCGAGCGCGCCCAGUACGAGGAUCCCCGUCUCGUCGCUCAGCAGCGUGCCGCCAAGGUGCGUGCCAACCUCGAGGUUGUCAGCGGCAACACCGCGGGACGCACCCAGACGGGCCUCGCCUCCGCCAAGGUCGCCGGCAAGAUUCGGCACGGCAGCAAGGCCCAAGUCGUUGGCUAUGCACCCGGCGAGACGCACGUUGGUGUCGGCGGCGUUCCGCUUCGCCUCAGUGCUAGAGAGAUUGACGGCGACGGGAGCGACGACGACGAUAAUGCCGGCCCUAUGAUGGCCACCCGCAAGGACCAGCAGCACCAGCACCACCGCCGCGCCGGCAGCAGCGGACGCAGCAGCACCGGUUCCGGACGCCAGGCACAUCACCGCACCUCGGGAAGCGGCACCCCCGCGCGCAACCCCAGCCUUGUCGCCGGCACCCCUGAGCGCACCGAGAGCCUCGCCAGCAGACCCCAGCAACACAAGCAAUCCGUCGACGAAUCGGCCGGCCCGACAGACGACGCGGCAAGCGGACGCGCUCAGAGCUCCCGCAGCGGUAAUAGUGAGCGUCGCGAUGACGUCCUCGAGCUGGGUCAAGGCCCCAAGCUGGCACACAACUCGAAGCUGAAUUCGGCUCUCACUAGAGAAAAGAGCGUCAAGAGUCCCGAGGAACUUAAGCGUCGCGGAAGUGUUGACGAGCGAACAUCCACCCUGACAUCCGGCCGCCUCUUCAUUGCCAACCCUGAUUAA